GAAACCCCGCCGGGUCACGUGGUGCUCGGUGUGUGACUUGACAGCAGGUCAGAGGAGGAGAGAAAGGAGGAAUGAAUCAUCGGGAGGAGACGGGCUGAUGAGAGACACUCAGAGGACAUCUGAUCUGAGACCAGCUGCUUUUAAACAUCUGCACAACAGCAGCAGGUCCCUGAACGCACCGCGGGUCGCUGAUCCCGCCGGGACUCCGUAGCGUUUCUCUGGGUUUAUCUGGGUGAUUCUGGUGCCAAUGAUGCCGGAUCAGAUCUCAGUGUGUGAGUUCCUGUCGGAGACCACCGAGGACUACAACUCCCCCACCACGUCCAGCUUCACCACCCGGCUGCAGAGCUGCAGGAACACCGUCAGCAUCCUGGAGGAGGCUCUGGAUCAGGACCGCUCAGCCCUGCAGAAGGUGAAGAAGUCUGUGAAAUCCAUCUACAACUCAGGACAAGAGCAUGCUGGGAACCAGGAGAGCUUCAGCCAGGCUCUUGAGAGACUGGGAGGAAACUUUGAACUGGGAGCCGCCUUCGUUAAGUUCUCCUGCCUCGUUAAAGAACUGGCUGCUCUGCUGAAGAACCUGCUGCAGAGUCUGAGCCAUAACGUGGUCUUCACUCUGGACUCGCUGUUAAAGGGAGAUCUGAAGGGAGUUAAAGGGGAUCUGAAGAAACCCUUUGAUAAAGCCUGGAAGGACUACGAGACCAAGCUCACAAAGAUUGAGAAGGAGAAGCGAGAACACGCCAAACAACACGGGAUGAUCCGAACAGAAAUCACCGGAGCUGAAAUCGCUGAAGAGAUGGAGAAAGAAAGAAGGCUGUUCCAGCUGCAGAUGUGUGAGUAUCUGAUCAAAGUCAAUGAGAUUAAAACCAAGAAGGGCGUGGACCUGCUGCAGAACCUCAUCAAGUAUUAUCACGCUCAGAGCAACUUUUUUCAGGACGGUUUGAAAACAGCCGACAAACUGAAGCAGUACAUCGAGAAACUGGCUGCCGACCUGUUCAAUAUCAAACAGAGUCAAGACGAGGAGAAGAAGCAGCUGACGGCCCUCAGGGACCUCAUCAAGAGCUCCUUGCAGCUGGACCAGAGGGAGGACUCUCAGAGUAAACAGAGCGGCUACAGUAUGCACCAGCUGCAGGGAAACAAGGAGUUCGGCACGGAGAAGAAAGGAUACCUGCUGAAGAAGAGCGACGGGCUGAGGAAGGUCUGGCAGAGAAGGAAGUGUUCAGUGAAGAGCGGCGUCCUCACCAUUUCUCACGCUACAUCCAACAGACAGCCCGUCAGGCUGAACCUGCUCACCUGUCAGGUGAAACCCAGCGCAGAGGACAAGAAAUGCUUCGACCUCAUCUCCCAUAAUCGGACGUACCACUUCCAGGCUGAAGACGAGCCCGAGUUCGUCAGCUGGGUGUCUGUGCUGACCAACAGUAAGGAGGAGGCCCUGAAUGUGGCGUUUCAGGGCGGAGGUCAGAGUUCAGGUGUGGAGGAGGAGGAGGAGCUUACCAAGAGCGUCAUCGACGAGGUGCUGCGGACGCCAGGCAACGACACCUGCUGCGACUGUGGAGCUGCAGACCCUCGCUGGAUCUCCACUAACCUCGGCAUUCUGACCUGCAUCGAGUGUUCGGGGAUCCACAGAGAGAUGGGAGUCCACGUGUCCCGGAUUCAGAGUCUGGAACUGGACAAACUGGGAACCUCCGAGCUGCUGCUUGCAAGGAAUGUUGGGAACUGUAGUUUUAAUGAGAUCAUGGAGGCGAGCCUGGCGUCUCCGUCCCUGAAGCCGACAGCCUCCAGCGACAUGACGGCGAGGAAGGAGUUCAUCAACGCAAAGUACAUCGACCGCAAGUUUGUGAGGCGCACCAGCAGGUACGAGGGCGGCAGGCUGGACGAAGUCUACGAGGCGGUGCGGUCCAGAGACGUGCUGUCACUCAUUCAGCUGUACGCUGAGGGGGUGGAGCUACUGCAGCCCCUCUCUGAACCAGGCAAGGAAGCAGGAGAGACGGCGUUACAUUACUGUGUCCGGACAUCUGAUCACUCUUCUCUCCACCUGGUCGACUUCCUGGUCCAGAACAGCGGAAACCUGGACGCUCAGACGGACGGAGGAAACACAGCUCUGCAUUACUGCUGUCUGUACAACAAGCCGCAGUGUGUGAAGCUGCUGCUGAGAGGAAAACCCGACAUCCACAUCACCAAUCAGAGCGGAGAGACAGCGUUGGACAUUGCCCGCAGACAGAAGAACCCCCAGUGUGAAGAACCGCUAGUGGAGGCGGUCUCCGGCAGGUUCAACCCUCAUGUUCAUGUUGAAUACGACUGGAACCUACGACUGGACGAACUGGACGAGAGCGAUGACGAACUGGACGACAAGUCCAGUCCGGUGAAGAAGGAGCGCUCGCUCCGUCCUCAGAGCUUCUGUCCGUCCUCUGGCGUCUCCUCUCAGGAGAAGCUCUCUCUGCCGGCGUCCCUCAUUCCUCCUCACAGGGACAAGCAGCGUCUCUCCUACGGGGCGUUUGCCAACCCGGUCUACAGCACCUCCUCCGACAAUCCUCCAUCCCCCGGGCCUGACACCUCAGGACCCACACCGGCUGCCAGGAGUCAGGGCAAAGGCCCCGCCUCCGGCCCGCCCACCUCCCUCCCCCUCACCUCCCAGACCAGUGGAGGAGGAAGCUCCACCCUGAAGAAGAGACCCCCUCCCCCUCCACCCGGACACAAGCGCACCCAGUCCGACCCCCCCAGCCCAGUCCAGCCGGGACCCGCAGGUAAAGGAAGUGAGUUCACCCCCCCAUCUGGAAACAGGACCAAGUUUGAGGGGAUCCAGCAGCAGCAGAGCUCGACCUCCAGUAACACCAAGUCCACACUGGGACCCAGAGUUCUACCCAAACUACCUCAGAAAGUGGCUUUAAGGAAGAUCGACACCAUCCACCUGCCCUCUGUGGACAAACCCAGCCAGCCUCCAGACCUCCACAAACCGGCCUCCUCUUCCCAGUCUGACCCCCAGAAGUCUCCUCCCUUCAUCGACGCCUCCCCUAAACCCCCCCCCCCCCCGGUGGACUCCGCCCAGAGAGCCCCGUUGGCCGAGAAGCCCCAGCUGUCCGACCUGCCCCCCAAACCUCACCUGUCCGACCUCCCCCCAAAACCCCUCCUCAGAGACCUCCCCCCCAAACCCCAGAUCGCCGACCUUCCCCCCAAACCUCCGCUCAGCGACAGGCCCGGUCCCGCCUCUGCUGCUACGGAGACGCAGGGAUCCAAGAUGGCGCCGGAGGCAGAGAGCCAGCAGGGGGAGCUGUCACCUCGGCCGGCAGCGGAAGAUGAUGAUGACGAGUCCCCGCCCGGCGCCGUGGAGACGCCAGUCCCUCUGCCGCGCAAAAUCAACUCAGUGAAGAGGAAGAUCCGGCGGGUGAAAACCAUCUACGACUGUCAGGCCGACAACGAGGACGAGCUGACCUUCGCAGAGGGAGAAGUCAUCGUCGUCACCGGAGAGGAGGACCAGGAGUGGUGGAUCGGACACAUUGAGGGACAGCCCGAGAGGAAAGGCGUCUUCCCCAUGUCAUUCGUUCACAACCUCUGUGAUUGACCGCCACAGAGACAAGUGUGACGCCGCCGUCCAGCAGCACAAGCCCCGCCCCCUGCCGAGGUCACACAGGUGACGGUGGGCGGAGUCAGUCGGUGAUUAAGCAGCGGCUGACCAAUAGGAACAAACUAAACCUUCAGUUGAUGAAGUCCUCGCUGUAAAUAGACUCUAUUAUCCUAACAGUGUUACCAUAGCAACCAGCAUGCAGACCCGGCGGCUUCGUAGCAAACACAGGUGAGAGGUCAGAGGUUAGCAGAAUCUGAUUGGAGUCCGGCUCAUGACACCACCAGCCAAUCACACAGGAGCACAAGAAGAGAAGCACAACAUUACAGAAGGGAUCAUCCUGCGUCACCCGACGCGUCCCACCGCCGUCCCAGCUCACACCCGGACAGAUCGCCAGUCUGCAGCUCAGUCCAUGUUUGCGCCACAUGCCGCCGUCACGUGUCAAUGUUUUCACCUGAGUCCCAGAGGCCUGAUGUCCACGCCCUGUGCGGAAGGUGUCUCGUUCCCCUUUUCUGGUUGGUCAGCCGAAUACAAAAAAUAAGCAGCUCUUUCAUCUGACCGCCAGGAGGCCGCCAUGUUGUCUCCCAGAGUGCAUGCGUCCAACACGUCUGAGUACGACUGUGAAGCUCAUCACCUACACACAGACAGGAGGCGGACAUGCACAGAUCCUGGAUUCAAACCCAGAACCUCCUCCCCACUGAGCCACUGGUCCGUCUCCACGCAGAGCAGAGCCUGGCCGAUCAGGUGACUCGUCUUCUCCCACGCCUCUCUCUCUGUUCGAGACGACGAGCUGAACGUUCUGACAGUUUCACGCGUCAGGUGACGGUUUGGAUCCUGAUCAGGUUUUAGAUCAGUUAGUGGGACUUUUCCUCCGCUACAGAUUCUCUCCAAAGCCGACUCCAACUGUUACUGUGCACUCACCUGUCACCUGUUUCUGUGCAGGUCUUUAUGAUUUCACGUCUCCGUGUUGUUAAAGUUUGACUUUUCUCUCAAGAAGUAAAAGACGACUUUGUGUCCACGAGAUGAUUCAUUCUCAGAACUUUGGAGGAGAGUCGAAUACGCGUCCCAGAGAGCUCUCUGGAUGAACCGUCCAAUCAGAGGUGUGGUUGAGGUGAAAUGAUGGAGGGCCGAGGAUCGACCUCUGUGGACAUCUCGUCCGUCAGAGCAACAAGAAUCAAACUGAUCAAGAAUUAUUUCAUGCAGGGGUUUAAUAAUCUGUCAAAAUCAAGCAGUUAAAAAAUAGUGUGUCACUCUGUGGAGGUUUGCAGAUCUCCUCGAAUAAAUUCAUCAGAUUCAGGCGCCUCCUGCCUCACCGUCA